UCAGAGAUGCUAUAACUGUAAAUUUGUAAGCUGAACACUUCAAAGUAGGGGUGAGCCGAUGGCGAUUGCCGAUUAUUAAGAUCGGCCGAUUUUGGUCAUUUUGCCAUUUGUAUGAUCGGCGUCAUGCAUGCCGAUCCUUUUUGCCGAUUACCGCUUCCUGAAGAUAAAAAAAAAAAUCUCUUUACGUAACACAAAAGCGCCGACAUAUUUUUUGCUUCAAACUGUUGCUUGACGUUUUUAAGUAACAUUUACGUUACUUACGUGUUUUAAUCUUGUCUGCAGAAAAAAAUUAAGUAAAGUUAUUCUUAAAAAAUAAACAUAUUCAUGAAAAGUACAUUUGUUUAAAAAGAGUAAACAAAAGCACACCACACCAUUUAAUAAGUCCUGCAACAAAAACAUUUUGUCCAACUUAAAAUAGAAAAAAAGAAAACGCAUUUCGUCGUGUUGUUCAUAUUACUUGUUUAUUUUCAUCGUUGUGUUUAUAUGUUUGCUACGUCGUCCAGGUUUGUUUUCUGAACUAUCGUCGUAGUACACACUUUCCUCAACAAGAGAAAGAGCGCGCACGUUGCAUGCGUACGGCGAGCUAUCGAUAUCGAUAUUCGACGACGUGCGCUCGCUCUACAUUGGAAUCAACAUAAUUAAACAUGAAUAAUGCCAACCGGCUACAUUUUCAUAUUAUGCGAUACGUAGCGGCGACGAAGACAAACAGAUAAAGGUUAAAACGUUUGAAAAUAUCUUUAAAAGAAUAUUUACACAUCAGACAACUUCGUAUUUCUGUAAAUUUAAUACGUAAACGGUAAAAUCCAAAUGAAUAAUAGAUUUCAACUAUAAAAUACAUUGUUUUAUAUGGGAAAACUACAUAAUCAAAGCAGUUAGAAUCUAACAGCGGGACCAAAACAUAUUGCGACAUUUUUUUCCCCUCCUAAUUUGGACGUCUUAUAUACUUUCUUUUCUAUGGUCUUAAAAUAACGGUGAACGAUUGUGCGAUAAAACACGGGUAUGUAUUUGGAAGACUCGAUUGAAAACAAUCUAUUUCUAAUCGAUUGUGUAACAAACUGCGAUAGUUGACCUCGACUGUCUGGCGUGUUUACAACAGUAUUUUCAUCACGGUUUUCGUUUAGUCAUUUUCUUCAUGUUUUGAAAAUCAGCGUUAAAAGUUGGAGUUUUUAUAGUUUCCAGUUAAAAUAUUGCAUUUUCAUUGCAAAUGUCAAAGAAAAGCAGCUUUGUUUGGAAACAUUUUACCGUUGUUGUGGGUGAUGAGGGGAAAGCGAGAUGCAACCUUUGCAACGCCGAAAUUUCGCGUGGUGGAAAUUUGACACGUGGCUUCAACACCACAAAUUUGUCGAGACAUUUAAUGUCAUUUCAUGACCGUGAAAUAAAUGCAGAUAUAUUGAAAAUGGAAACAAUGACAGACAGCGAUGCAAGUCAUGAAAGUAUGUCGGAUGCAACUACUUCUGGUGCCAGAAUUAAAAUACACAGUACGCCUGCCAAGCUACACAAGUCUGACGGACUGAAACAAACUUGGGUGUUAGAACUCUUCGCAAAGAAAACACCACUUCCACAAACUAGCCCAAAAGCUGUUAAAAUUACGCGACUUAUAACCGAAAUGGUGUGCAUGGACUUACAGCUUUCAGUUUCGUUGAAGAUCCCGGUAAGAAUAGUUUUUCUAUUAAUUUUGUUUAUGCAAUACAAUAAAAUUUAGCCUCAGUUGCAUAAAAAACAUUGUGAUCUCAAAUAUAAGUCAUUAACUUAUAUAUUUUGCUUACUUAAAGUAGACUACCAUUGAAAGCUCAACUAACAGUGUAAGCUCAAACACAGUCUGCCCUUUGUUAUUUUAUAAUGAAUUAAUAAUUUUUUUUACUUCAUUCCAGGUUUUUGCAAUCUCAUGGCAUAUUUGGAACCCAGAUAUACAAUACCUCAUCGCAGUACUUUCUCAAGGAAACUCAUUCCAGAGUUAUAUAAUGAAACCCAAGACAAAAUGAAACACUCUCUCAAGUCAGUAUUGCACGGUAGUUUAACAUUGGACAUGUGGUCUUCAAUUUCAAAACAAGACUACAUGUCAUUAACUUUUAAUUCCUUUACCAGUGAAAUGGAAAGACUAGAGUACUGCUUGGAAGUGAUUCCAUUUACCUUUCACCACCAUGCUGCAGGUAACAUUUCCAGUUUCUUGAAAACUACCCUUGAAUCAUGGGAAAUCAGCCAAUCCAAAAUUCACUGUGUUAUUACAGAUAAUGCAAAGAAUAUGAUUUCAGGAAUGAAGGAAGCAAGACUAGACAGAGCUCCCUGUGCAGCCCACACACUACAAUUAGUUGUUAAUAAUUCUGUGUUGAAACAGAGAAAUGUGCAUGACAUGUGCAGUCGAGCAAAGAAAGUUGUAGGCCACUUCCAUCAUUCCGUGUUAGCCACAAAGAAAUUGGCAGAAUUUCAACAACAAAACAGUUUGCCAAAAAAUCGUCUAAAGCAAGAUGAACCCACUAGAUGGGACAGCACAUUUUUUAUGCUACAGCGACUCUUUGAGCAAAGAAAAGCGGUUAUGUACUUGCUUCCAGAACUAAAUUUACUAGUUGACUUGUCCUCUGCUGACUGGAAUCUCAUGGAGAAGGUAUUACCUUUGCUUGAGCUGUUCCACAGAGCCACCCUAGCAGUCAGUAAUUCACAGACCACCAUUUCUGAAAUUAUCCCUAUAGUUAAUGGAUUGAAAAUGGACCUGGAACAAUUUUCUGAUGAAACUGUGCAUGCAAGCUUGCAUUCCAUUGUAAAAGAUGUAGUUCAUCUGUUAAAUGAAUACUACUGUAAUGUUGAAACUGAAAGUAAUUUAUUCAGGUUUGCCAAAAUCUUAGAUCCACGAUUUAAGACUAGUGUUUUCAGUGAGCCAGGAUUUGCUGAACAGGGGAGGCAGGCACUGCUACAGGAACUUGAGAAUGUCCUUCCUGUAGAUCCAACAGAAAGUAAAGUGUUGCGACUUGCAACACCGUCUGGUCCAAUGUCAUCUGUGUACAGCAGAUUAAUAGCUGCCAAAAGUAAUGCCUCCAUUGAAAACUGUGUUUCUGUAUCUGCUCGACAACAGUUGCAGAAAUACUUGGCCGAACCUUUGCUGCCUACAGAUGAAAGUCCUUUCUUAUAUUGGAAAUCGUCAGAGUUCAAGUCGCUCAAGAAACUGGCAGUUAAAUACUUAAGCCCACCUGCAGCAUCUGUUCCUUCUGAACGGUUAUUCAGUACUGCUGGUUUGAUCAGCAGUAAGAAUAGGAGUUCAUUGAAUCCAGAAAAGGUCAGGAUGCUGGUGUUUCUUAACAAGAACCUCCAAUAUUUCACAUGAAUAAAAAUGCAGCUGGAUGUCUAGUUACCCGAAGAAAUGACAAAUAUUUUGUGCUGAAUGGGGUGUAUGAACUUUAAAGACUGAACACUUUUCCCUCCACUUUUGUAACAGUUUUCUCUAUGCAUGUUAUAUUUUUUUACUCUUAGCUGUGAAAUGUUUUCUUGUGAUAUGAGUAUGUGAAGUUUAUGUGUAAAAUACAGUCGAUGGAAGAUUUAUAAUGUUUAACAAAAAUGUAAUUUUGAAUUUUUGAUUAUGUUUUUAAAAAUAUAUUUCACAUUAAGUUGUUUGUAGGGUAAGAGUGCAUAUAUAUUUUUUUACCAACAGUGAUCACGUUUGUACCUUUAUGCAAUACUUUACAAGUAAUUUGGAGCAUAUUUUAGAACCAACUUAAAGCACUAAUCGGUCAAAAAAAUCGGCAUGAUCGGUGCCAUAUUUCUGGCAUCGGCAUGAUCGGCAAAUGUGGUGAUCGGCUCACCCCUACUUCAAAGUAUGUAAAAAAAGUUUUGUAUGUUGCUAUAUGCAUGCAUGAGUGAGUGCACAUGAUAAAUGAAGGAACGAAGAAAGGACAUUUGAUAGACUCCCAAUUAUCUACAUUAUUUGAGGCACGUAAUGUCAUGGAUAAUCCAAAAUCAUGGAUAAUGCACAAGGUAUAUUACAUGCAGUACAUUUGCGUAUUAAAACAUCUAAAACUCCCACUGUUGUAAUAAUUAUUAUUGGUCUUAAGUUGCUUCUUAUGAAAAUUUUGGGCAGUUUGUUAAUCAAACAUUUAAUCAUUACUUACAGAUAAAUAAAUAAAUAAAUACUUUAGAGAUGCAUCCUAUAUAACCUUUUGUCACCAAAGCCAGCGUAAACAUAGAGUCAUCCCAUUGUGAAGUCCAUUUAAAUAGCUUGUAGCAAAAUAAUUUAUAAUUGAAUUGUUUAAGUUAAAAUUUAACAAAAAUUUAACAAAAACAAAAAUUAUACCCAAGUGAGAAUAUACAUUUUCUUAAGUGUUGUAAAAAAUGAAGCAUAAACACCAAAUGACAAUUAAGGUUCAGCAAAUGUGUGCACUAAGUCCGUAUCCAGUGGUUUCCAAUGGGAAAAUUAAUUUAAUUUUUAUUUGAGUAUGAAUUUAUUUUAUAAAUAGGUGUCUCCUGAAUAGAAAAAUAUCAUAGAAGCUUUAUUAUGACCUCUUACUGUGGCAAAAAGAUAAGAUAACCAAAUAAUCCAGGCUAGUUUUUUGCAAGAUGCCAGUGGAAAGUCCUUUUUCAGUGGCUUGUUGCAAAAAAAUAUGACAUUUUACUAGCAAAACAUAAAAUAUUUUAGUUAAUGACAGGAAUAUAUAAUGUCUAGUUAUCACAAAAAGUGUUGUUUUUGUUGCUAAAUGACACACAAGUUUUAACAAUGCACCUGCAAAGUUCUUUUGCUGUGGCUUUUCACAGUAAAGUCAAAUAAUAUUUUAUUGAAAUAUAAAUUUGCUUCUGUAGAUAGAUGUCUCAGAAAUUAAAGCACACCAUUAAACAACAAAUAAGAUAUUAAGUGUACAAUAUAAGCAUAAAUGUCUGUAGCAAUGGGGUUUGAAUGUGGCUCGCAUUGUUGUCUGCAACACAGGUAACAUCACAAUCAAAAAUAGAGAUAAGUGAGAUAAGCUAGCAGCAAACUGCCAACAGCCAGGUCACCACUAUUAGCAAGAGGAAGAAAGGGUUCAGUGUAGACAAAAGAGCAUUAUGCCACAAUGUUGUGCAUGGACCUGUCUUUAAGACAGAUGGCAGUACGAGUAGUAUUAUCAAAGUCGUUCUAAACCUCUACAAUUACAUUUUUUUUUUUUUUGAUUUUACAUAAUGAAGUGUAUCAAUUAAAUGUAGCACAAUACAAGCCUUUAUCUGUUAUUUAUUGAAAAUCAAAUAAGCUUCUAAAUGCUGCUUUAGGUGCCAUGGAUAAGCUGCAAAGUGGAUAAUCAACAGUUUACUAUACUUUGUUUAAGAGGGAUAUGUGCUUAAGCAUCUGGUGGCAUCUUCCCUAUCAUAAAAGUAUUUUGUUAAAUUAUGUGUGUUUAAAAUAAUGCCAACAGUAGAAAACUAAAUUGAUAAUAACAAUUAUUUUAAACGUGUUUCAUAAAAAUAUAGUAACAAUGUAUAACUGAAAAAAAAUUCUGACAAUCUGUUUUAAAGAAUACCAAAAUAUAAAAACUUAUUAAACAUAUUAUCAAAGUUUUUACCAUGUUGUUUGGUCUAAAAAAGGGAUUCACAAAAUUAGUUUUUCACAUUUAUUGCUAUAGGCUUACAUUAAAUGUAAAAAUAUGUAAUUUGAGUGAUGCCAAAAUCAGAUAAAAAUUUUUCUUACAUAAGCUGAUGAAGGCAAGGAGUUCAUUUUGGAUUUAUUUGGUACAGUUGGUGCAAUUUAAGGGAAAAUACCUAUUCUAUGCUAGAAUCUGUGUGGAAUAAUGUCACUUAAAAUUGCUUCUUGAGCUUCGACAAGACCUUAUUAACUCUUUCAAUUCCCUCCAAACAUUUUCCCUUAUGCAGUCAAGCAGCACACAAUGUGGCCAACUUCAUCUAUGCAGAGGGGUCAUAAUUAAUUCAUGAUUUUAAAAUAUGUCAAAGCCAUACGUCUCUGAACAGACAUGUAAAUUGUAAAGUGGAACCACUAGCAGGAUAUUAUGGAUACCUUACAGAGCACUGCUAUUUAAGAGCUGGUGUGUUAAAUCAGUAUAUUUCGUAAGUGGGAAAUGUUUCGAGCAUUGCAGCGAGUAGGUUUUUUUUUUCCGAGGUUCUUCUGUUUUCCUCUUCAAAUGAUAUCUUGUGGUUGCUCCAGCUCAUUGUUACACCUCUGAUUUGUCUCCAGUCACCUUUAUGUUGAUGAGUCUAUACACCCUAAUUCAUCAUGCACACCCGCCCCACAAAGUAACAGUCUAAUUCAUUCCAAGAGCACUAGUCAAAACAGUGCUAUUAAAAACAUUUUUCCUUUAAAAGUAUAUAGUAUUGAUUAAGUGUAACUCAGUACACGUGAUAAAAGUGAACCUUCUUUGGAAAUUCAAAUCUCAACUCAUAAAGGUGGGAUUCCUUUGACGCGACCGUUGACUGUGACUGCGAUUGCAGUCGCAGGUCGCUGGUUGCCGAGACAGUGUGUUUCCUCUGAAAUGACUGACGACCGCCAUUUGUCUGUGUUUCUAUUGAGUUUCCUUUUGUGAUAGCAUGAACAAUGAUGCAUUAAAAGUAACAUAUUACUUCUAAUAUACCUUUUGGUGGAAGAAGACAAUUAUAUUAUGUUCUCGACAAUGUUGGCCAGUUUUCAUGAAAGUACGAACAACGAAGCUAGUGUUAUGUACAGGCAACUUGCUGAUGAAGGUUUCUUCUCUACGCUCUUAGACAGGCAUUUGCUGAGAAAUGACAAGUUUAGGGAAUUCUUCCGACUCGGUGUGCCACAGUUCAAUUAUGUCUUGGGUUUUAAUGAAAGAUGACUUGAAGACAAAUUCAACCAAUUAUGCUCCAUACCAGAUAAAGUCAGGUGAAAAGCUGGCUAAUGUUAUAAUUUACAUAAUUGAGUUUCAAAAAUUACUCUGUUGAUGCAUUAAAAAAUAUCAUUGUAACCAUUUUGACAAUAAACACUAAAGACACACAAGAAUACACAUCCACUUGUUGGUGCGACCAUGAAGAGACUGCUCCCAGGGAAAGUGUGGUUAGUAGCAUUGCACUGCUGCUGGUUGCAUGUUCUGGUCGCCAGUCGCAGACGCCUCAAAGCAUUAUGACACAUUAAGAACUAUUGUAUCCUGUGCAGUUGCCUGAUCACCUGGUCACGGUUGUCAGAUGCAGUCGCGUCAAAGGAAUCUGAUCUUUAAGUACUCUCUUUAUAUCUCUUUGGCAUCAGAAACGUUUGAAAACAAUGUUUCAUGAAAAUGUUGCAUUAAAAUUUGGCUUGGAAAUUGUAAUAUAAAUUUUAGUCUCAUCGCACCCAAAGAAAUUUCACUUCAGAAAUAUUAAGUUACACAACUAAAACAAUAAUCAUAUAACACUGUUUAACAAUACUGAUUUACUCAAGUAAUUAAAAUAAUACGUACUUAAAAGAACACCAUUUUCUUGCGAAUGUGGCCCAUGGCGCGGUGCACAACAAUAAGCUCAAACUCUCUGCCCAAAUACUCCCUUACUAGAUGCCAGCAAGUCAGGUGGUGUCAGGCGCAGGCGGGUCCCUACCGCUAGAGUGCUGACUAGCAGGACAGCAAAAUAUAAACAUUGGCUGUACACACACGGGCAUCAAAAAUAUUUCUGCGUAGUAUAUAUUAGUAUUCAAUUUAAAUUUAUUUGGGUUCAAGUAAUGGGAAAUGAAGUAAAAAAAUAUAUUUUAAGGAAUGGGUAAGCUAUAGUUUUUUGGUUUAUCAUAUUUUUUGUUACAUUGUGUUUAAUAUUUCACAAGUGCUAUUGCCAUUGUGCACACACAAAAAUUAAAAA